CAACAGGGAAGAAGAAGGAGCGGAGGCGGCCAGGCGGACAGUUACAGAUGCUGCUCACACGUUAGCACAGUUACCCAAAGUAGUUUUAAACUCACCAUGUCCUGGGUCAAGGCUAUCCCCGGCUCUGGCGAGGAUGUCUUCGACGAAGAUGCGGAUGACAUCAACCUUCAAAGUAAAGAGUGGAAAUUCAACAUGAAGAGGCGAAUCAAGGACGGCUUCGUGGACGGCAUUGACGCCGGGGAGGACGCAGCCCUCUCGGUGGGUUUUAAACAGGGCUACCAGGAGGGAGCAGCAAAGACUGCGGCUGUGGGCCGGCUCAAGGGAAUCGUCAGUGCUAUAUCGUGCUGGUUCCAGACCCACCAUCCGGGAAGCCCCGUUCCCGCCUCACUGACCGACCUCCUCCAGCGGAUAGUGCAGCAUGAGGAGGCCAUCAUGAGCGGCAUUCAGAGGGCUCUGGAGAACCCUCCACCCAGCGUGAGCGACGCCUCGGAGAGCAUGGAGGACUUGGAGAUCAAGCAGGAGGAUCAAGACUGCCAGGGAGGGGGAUGCAAUGAGGGCAACUGCUGCAGGGGAGGUGGAAAAAUGGACACGGAUGCUCCUCGGCAGCCACAAAGCCGCUGCUCGAGCUCCAGUGACUGCUGUUUCAACACGGGGGAAACUCUAAAUGAGCUCCUGCAGCGCUCGGUAGACGUUGUGGUAGAGCUUGGACUGCCACAGGAACUGAUUCAACACCUGCAGCAGCUGAGAGGCACAGAAUGAAUCUGAAUGAUUUACCGCAGGUUUGGUCAAGGACAUCUGGCACGUUUAUUACGAAACAAAAUAGAAUUUGAUUGACAAUAAAAAUGUGAAGAGUUUACACAAGACUGAAAUAUACUGAAGAAACUUGAUAUUUAUUAUGUAAGAUAGAAUUUUACAAUCACUAUUUUUAUCAUCUCUGUAAGAUGUUUGAUGAAUACUUGAUUCAUCAAGUACUGAUUGAUUUUUUUUUUUUUUUUUUUCUCACGCACCUAAUUACAUUGUUAUACACCUACGUAUAUGAAAUGAAAUCCUAAUUUUUCCUA